GUUUGCACAGUCGGUUUGGGUUCGUUGAUAAUCCCGUCAGGGAAUGCUACAAAAUUUACUGUGCCACUAUGUUUCCCAAGAUAUUUUUUGUCACAUGCUUGGUUACAUGCUUCAAGGGAACGACGCAAACUGUUAUAAACCCGUCAAAUCUCUACACAUAUGGGCAAAACGUUUGUUACAAGUAUAAAGUGCAGACUGAGGCUUACUACACUGUUACAUCAAGGAAAACAUACACACACACAACAACCAGUUGUGGAUGGUUUGGUUGGUUCAGAUGUGACUCAACAAGACCCAAAAUAGUGUACUACGGUGUCCAAAGAACCAGAAAUGUCAACGUGAAAAUAAUUUACUGCUGCGGUGGAUGGAGGAAAAGUCAUUCAAGCUCAAGAGAAUGCACGAAAGCGAUCUGCUCUCAAGGUUGUAAUUCCAAUCACGGGUCUUGCGUCGCACCCAACCAGUGCCGAUGUUCUUCGGGAUGGACUGGGUCUACCUGUAGCGUAGAUAAAGAUGAAUGUAAUACAAAUAAUGGCGGAUGUGACCAAAAUUGUGUUAAUAUUCCUGGCUCAUAUCGGUGCAGCUGCAACAUUGGAUACACCCAGCAUAGCCACAGCUGUCAAGACAUUGACGAAUGUCAGACGUUAUUACCGACACCUUGCAGUUGUGGUGUUCCUGGAGAGCCCUGUGGUGCAAACUGCGUCAACCUGGUUCCUAGCUACAAGUGUACCUGUGCACCAGGAUUUCAGCUCCGAAGUGGUGGAACCAUCUGCGAUGAUGUCAACGAAUGUUUAAAGGCCAAUGGAGGAUGCCCACAAACAUGCCAUAAUCAACCUGGAAAUUUCUCAUGCGGAUGCUAUAACGGCUUCAACCUCAUCAGCGGGAACAAUGGUACUUACUGCGAAGAUAUUGACGAAUGCCUCUCAAGUAAUGGUUUCUGCACCCACCAGUGCGUGAACACUGAGGGAUCUUAUCGCUGUGAAUGCCCCGUUGGGUUUGUCUUGGAUUCAAAUGGAAGAUCUUGCUCGGAUCACGAUGAAUGUUUGGCAGGCCAACAUAGCUGCCAGCAAAAGUGUAUUAAUUACCAUGGAAGCUUCUACUGCUCUUGCAACUCAGGAUACGAACUCAACGGAGACAACACGACUUGUUCAGAUGUGAACGAAUGCACCCCUAUUCGUGUAGAGAACCUUAACAAAACGGUCAUCCCAGCAGGAUGCGAUCAAAUCUGUCAUAAUACACCAGGAAAUUAUACUUGCAGCUGUGACCUGGGAUAUCAGCUUCUAUACGAUGGAAAGCGGUGCAAAGAUGUAAAUGAAUGUAAUACAGGAGUCCACUCUUGUGAACAUAAGUGCCACAACACACCUGGCUCUUAUGGCUGUUCAUGUUUCUAUGGUUACAAACAAAGGGCCGACAUGCGAACCUGUGAAGGACUUCCUUGUGAGAAUAUAAAAGCCCCACCUCAUGGUCACAUGACCUGCAGCGGAUUUGUCACAAAUGAGACAUGUUUGUUUACGUGCGAGGAUGGAUAUGAAAUGCAAGGUUCGGAGAAAAGAACUUGCCUCAAUUCUUCAAAGUGGGACGGACAGCAAACAUCCUGCAAAGUGAAAAGUUGUGGUCGACUACAUCCACCAGAGAAAGGCAAAGUUCUUCUCCCUUGUCACGUGACGUUUGGAUCCACCUGCACACUUGACUGUAUAGAAGGAUACGUUUCCUUUGACAGCAACAUUGCAACUUGCCGGCUUACAAAUUCCAGUGACGUGGCAUGGGACAUAGGAAACUUUACGUGCAAAGAGAUAAAUCUUUGCAAGCCCAAUCCCUGUCAGCAUGGUGGAAGAUGCAUUCUUAUCGAUUCACAAAAAUAUUCAUGUGAUUGUCAGGAUACUAGGUAUGAAGGGAAUCUCUGUGACCGAGGUGUUGUUACACUUCCUGAUUUCCCAAAACUAAUUCCUGGAAGAUCUUCGGAAGAUCUUUCAUUACUUGCGAAACCUGACAAUGUAUUGACUGUUUUCUUCGAUGCAACCCUGAAAAUGACCUUCCAUCCGAAGAGAAUGAUGAUUCACUAUCCAUCAGAUCAAGCCCAGUUUGAGGUGAUUGGACACGAGUCUGGAGUUGGUAUAGUGUCAUAUGACUUCACUGGGAUGGACAAGCAUAGUUUUGCGUCUCCCAAGGAUAGCUCAGUCUUUGUUGGUUUGAACAUAUCAAAUGUAAACAGUAUCUUCACCAAACUGGGCCUUUUGAAUGGCGAAGUACCAAUCGGAUUCCAAACGAAGAAACUAGAGAACUUCCCAUGUGGGCUAAAAAUAGCCUACCACUCCUCCUCUACCCCGCCAAAUGAUGUUCUCAUCGAGUCAGGGCCUGUUCACAUUAUUACAGCCGACAACAAAACAAUUCCUCUGAGUCUUGUGGGAUACAAUUUCGAUUCCCCUAAUCAAUCGGGUCAAGAAUCAGACUUGCUGAAAACACUUAUCACUCAGACAAGCAUCACCAACGCGGGCCCGAUAGGCCAAACAUCAAGCAAAAUGUGCUCCUUUAAGCCAACAGCAGAAGCUUUGAUUGAAUUAAUACAGGAAGACGCCUUUCCAAAGUCUUUCAUGCGAUACUUGACUGACCUGCUACCAUUAUGGAUACGAAUUACGGUUAAAGACGACAACACUUUAUUUUCCGCAGAAAACAUUCGAGCCGACCUCGUUCAAAUCGCAAGCACGCAGAAUACUUACCUGGAUUGCAAGUUUCCUCCCCUUAAUGUCCCCACUGCAAUGGUCAUAUAUCGUCCGAAAGUCACUUUUACCAUCUCCACUGGAGGAAGGAAGAUUUCUUUGCCCAGCAAAGGUUGUUGUUUUGCAACCGACCCUUGCGUUAGUGCAGUGUUCCUGGCGUUAUCCGAAAAAGCUGGCAAAGAAAUUGGCAAGAUGUGCGUUUUGAAGGAGUUGACUGAUAAUGGCUGGGAUAUCCUGUUAACAUCUUUUGGUUUCACCGCUCCCAAAAAAUACCAAAGCUUAACGAACUUUUUGCAUACCGAUCCAAUGGCUGAAUACUUUUCAGAUUUUCACUAUAAUAUGUGGUGGGAAGGAAGUACAAACAUUUCCCUGAAAAAUACAAGUAAUUUUACAAUCAACAUGAAAAUGACUGGCCUAGUUUUCUCAUUCGUAGCAGAUUUCAGCAGGUUACUCACCAGAUACUUUUCUCAGCAAAUCAAGAGUAUUUUCCAUGGAUCAGUCGAGCUUACUUUAUACAUACAAGCGCUUGGCGAGAAGUUUUCACUAACGUUUUACGCCAACAGUGUGGUGGCAAAGUCACAGCUCGGAGGACCACCCCUUCUCUCAUCGGAAUGCCACGCUCAGCAAGGAUUCACCUUUACCCUAGAUCGAGAAAGCGAACCUUUUAAGAACAGCAAAUUUUUAACCAUUGUUAGACCCAAUGGAGGCAUAAAAUAUUUGCAAAUCUACUACUCUAUUAACGGUGGAGAAGAUAUCGCAGCAUAGGAUCCUAACAACAGCUUGAGAUCUUUGGAAUAUCAGACGCAAGACAUAAAGAGGGUCUUUUUAGAUGUUCAGAUAUUUGUUCCUGAAUUGCAAGAAACAACUCAAAGGUGGACUCCAUAUUUGGAAGAGACACUCGUUAAUGUCAUCAAAGCUCGAAAUUUGCUCUCCUCAUCCUCAGAUCUCUUGAAAAUAAAACAACUGGUUGCAGAGAUUGACGACGAUCUUGACAAGAUACCGAGAGUCCUUGAUCUCCUCAUAGCCAGGUCACAGCCGUACAGGAAUCGUUCAAACAUUGAAAAUGCCAUCAGUCGCCUUCUCAUACUCAAAUCAGACCUUCCAAUGACCAUCUCUCUGGUAUUCACUCAGUCGUUCAUUCGGCAAUCUUUUGCUGGUGUUCGUUUUGCCCUUGUGGCACAGAUUUGUCACAAAAGACUCUGUUUCACCAACAUCAACUGUAAUGUUUGGUUCCUGACCGAGAACAACUGUUUAACCAAUAGUUGUGGUAUAGAGAGUGGUGUAAUCGUCGAAGGAACUGCCUUGAGAGACACACCUCUUGGUACUACAAUAUCAUUCCCUGCCCGAGGACCACUGAGAAUGCUAAUAAGCCGUAAAAAUGAGCCACACCAGACUACAUUUGAGUGUUUCGUUCGAUUAUUAGGAAUGACCAAAAACACAAGCAUACGAAUGGUUGGAAAUGAGCUCUUUUUUUCCAUCUCGGGACCCAUUUUUGGAAGAUUCGAGUCGCUUUUAAAUGUUACAACUGAGUUUGAAAAUGUUGUGGAGUGGAAAUCCUUACUGUUUGAAGUGAGGGGCACCAUGAACAAGUCAUCAGGUUUUCAUAUGAUGCUGGAGAGUAAGAUUACCAACGAGAAUACUCUUGCAGCCAAAGAGGCAACUAGCAGAUUGAGGAAGGCGAAGGCGGCCUUCAGUGCUGCCAAAAUUAAAGCAGAUGCAGUCAGGAAAAUUCUAAAAGAAAAACAGACGAUCGCCGAGCAGCUGAGAGGUGAAAAGGAAAGAGCUGCAAAGGAUCUUCGUGUGGCACGUUUGCAAUAUCAGUUGGCAAAGCUGCGUUUCAAUAACACGGUCUACCUUCAUCGACAUGUUCUAAAUCCUGUGUGUGAAAUAAGAGAGUGCAACUACACUUGUUUGAACGGCUGUGUUCACCCCACCUUCUGCCAGGACCCGAUAAACAUAACUUAUCUUGAGCGAUACUGUUACACUGUUGACAAACCAAUGACAGUCAAAGUUGUGGAAAGCAGCACUAAAAAAAAACGUAGUUUCGUUUUGCAGACGUAUCAUACCGUGUAUACUGGAAACUGUAAUUAUACUAUGAAGGGAUUUCCGGCUGGAACGCUUGCUGGAGGCUUUAUUGGCAGUGUGUUUGGACCCAAAGGAAUAGAACUCGGAGCGGUUAUUGGGGCAUUGAUUGAUGCGAUUGGUGAAGAUGUUGUUGGAAAGUUGAGCAAGGAAAUAUUUGGCUGUUCUAACACUUACGAGACAGUUCGUGGUGAACCGCGGCUUGUGGAGUACGAACAGAAGAGUUUCAAGUUGAAAGCUGUAGUCAAGAUGAUCAAGGAAGUUAAGUGCUCAGGCCAACAAGAGAAAACGAAACCUGGUGGAUUCGGUCCUCCUUACCCCUGCUGCAAGCGAUAUGGAUGCCAAACCAAAGUCAUCGAUCCUCUUUGUGUCAAACACAACGAGGAUUGCUUUAUGUCAAUGACUGAGCUCAAAUUUACGUUUGAUGCCUUGAAUGAAACUUUCCAAUAUGCCUUCCUGAAUCUUAGGGAAUCCGUUGACAAGGUUAAAGAGGCUACAGCUGUUUACGAGAGCGCCAGAAUUCGUCAUGAGGCAGCACUUAACGUGCUGCAAAAAGUAAAAUCUUACACAGAGCAGAGCCUAUCAGCGGUAAAAAUUGUCAAUGCUUCCAGGCUUCAUGUUCGCCGAAUCGUUGACUUUGGAUUGAAAAUAUCCCAAGCUUUGAACGCCACCAAUUCGAAAGGUAAUAAAACUGUAGAUGUUGGAGACCUUACAUAUUCCAUAACCACGGCUUCAGAAGAUACAAAAAAGAUUCUUUUUCGAUGCAACGUAAGCUCUACCAAUAGUCAAUCAACGUUGGUCUCUUUUGUAGUUGACUUCGAUCAAGUCGAACGCUCAAUCAGUUCUGCUUCCAAGACGAUCCUUAGCAAGCUGUUUGGUGGAACAUCCUCCAGAAAAAAGCGAAGUGCUCCAGAGGAACAGAGUCACUUUCAAAAUUACACAUAUAUAAAGACCUUACAUAUCAGCUUCACUGAUUACCCUUAUGCAUGCCAGUUUGCCAAUUCAACGUAUUUGUUCCUGAACUCCAUUCUUCACUCACUGGAUAAUCUUAUUUCAGCUGCUAAAGGACUGGAUGAAGAGCUAUCUUCUGGGUUCCAAGUCCUUGACAGAAUGACAAACACCAUUCGUGGUAGCAGCUCAUCCAACAAUUUGUCGUGUAAUUUCAACAUUUCCAACAGUUCCUCGAGUAGUUCGUGUCAGACUACCUCGUUCGUGUCAGACUACCUGGAGAUGAUAGAACUCCUUAAAAAUGAGAGUUCCCAAGUUAGAAAUGACUCUUCACAAUCUUGGAAUGAAACUUUUGAGGCCUGGAGGGUAUUCCUCGAGGUAUUCACCCAUAAUAGCGAAUUCCAAGAGUGUUCAGGUGCCAUUGACUGUCUCGAAUACCUUUUUGAAGGGUUAAGGGAAUUUUACGAAUUUGAAAACAGUCCACAGGCCCUAAGAAUAAAAGACGCACUUCCUGAGCUAAAAGACAUUUUAAUGGCAUUAACGUCUGAAGCCUUGACAAUGCCAGAAACUGAAAACACGUUCCAAAAGGCUGUUUUUUAGCUGAAUGAAAUCCGUGACGAUUCCGUCUUGUGUGGUGGAACGCCAUACAUAAACUCUUCACCUCAAAAGGAAAUCAUUGUCCUGGCCGGAGAAAGUUUAUUGUUGCGUUGCACUGCUAAAAGUGAAGCUGAGAUAAAGUAUGCUUGGAUGAGGAAUGAUAAGCUCGUUAACGAAUCACUGGAUGGAAUUUUCUAUGUAAGCGCUAUCAGCAAACAACACGAAGGUGCUUAUCUCUGUGUCGCUUCAAACAAUAAAGGCAGUUCAUUUUCUAACGUCACGAUCGUCCAAGUUCAUAACAAACCCAGCAUCACUUUACAUCCGCAACCACAAAGGGUAAUUGUUGACAGUGAAAUGCCUGCGACAUUCAUUUGUAAUGCGACGGGUGAGCCAGCACCUACUUUUCAAUGGUUUUUUAUAACCAUCAAUUUGACUGUUGCAAAAGUAAACGAGACGAGGCCUGUGUUACACAUGCCUCGACUUCGCCAACAUCAAGAUGGUUAUUACUACUGUGAGGCAUCCAACGAGCAUGGUGUGGCAAUCAGUCAGAAGGCCCGGCUUGACGUACUAGGCUACUCUGUGGGUCUUCCCAGGCUGCUUUUGGCCAUGAAUAUUUCCUCUCCGUGCUGGCAGGCAUCAAAAGCCUCCAACAGUUCUGUGCACGAAGCCCCGUCAUGCAAUUCCAGCUUCAUGAAAGCUCUGUCGUCAUCAGAAAACGAGACCUUGACCGAUAACAUUCUUCUUUCCUUAGCAAGAUCACUUAAUUUGUCCAUUGAGUUUAUCUCCGAGCUUGAGUACGGCUCAAGAAACGAUCACAUCGCCACCAUAGCAUUUAUAUUAGAUAUCGAUAAAGAGGCUUGGAAACAAUUCAAUUUUACACGGCCCAUGCAUAUAGUUGAAGCCGUCGCUGAUGUUGGUGCUAAUCUGAUUAAGAAAGCGGAACUGCUCAAUUCUAGCAUACUGAACAAGACUUUUGAGGUGCCUUGGAACAACACCGUUGUUUAUGGAGAUCCUGGAAGCCUUCUUGUUUACCCUCUCUCUCCGAAAUGUCCCGAUGGACAGGCCCUCCACGAAAAUGGUUACAUUUGUGCAAACUGUCCGGCUGGCUCAUCAUAUGUAGAGGAGAAUGAAACAUGCGCAGAAUGUCCGUUUGGAACUUACCAGCCUGUGCAAGGACAAACAAGAUGUAUUUCCUGUGGCAAAAACCUCACCACAGCCUUCAAUGGAACAGUGGAACAAUCAGAUUGUAUUGCUGAUUGUCCAGCUGGUUCCUACAGCGCAAAGAACAGAACAUGCUUUUUGUGUCCGCUUGGCAUGUACCAACCAUCCCCAGGGAAGUUAGUUUGUCUUUCUUGCAGCAAAAACCAAACAACAAUUAACACUGGUACUGUGGGAGAAAUGCACUGUAUUGAGAAAAAAAACAGUUCCAUUCAAAAACCAGUUACUGAAGACAAGACAACCAUUUCUACACCAUUGGCGACAUCGCGAAAUGUUGAAUUGAAGACAAGCACCAAUGAACAGCCUAGAACGAAUACUCAAGAAGAGGCUAAAAACCAGGAAAAUGCUGAAGAGUUACCAUGGAAACUUCCCGUCAUCAUUAGUGCAGCAUUACUUGCAGUGUUAGCGCUAGGUGCCAUACUCUUCACCCGUAUGAGACGGAGACCUAAAAUAGAACCAAGGACGGUGCAGUUUGUCAAUCCAAUCUACGCAUUCCCCGAUCAAUAGCCACCAAAACGAGCAAAAGGCAAUGAACAUUCAUUAGUGGACGAGCCAGGGCAGGCCACAUUCAGCCGUACGCGUGAAGAUGGUUCUGGAAAAUAUAACGACUACACUGGGGACUUCAAAACCAAGGAUGCUAUAAAGAACUUUGCCACUGAAACGAUAUAUGAAAAUUUCGAAUGGUCCUCAGAAGAGAAAACCACAUUAAGUUUUACAAACCCAUGCUUCCAGUGAGGCAGCCAUGGCUCAUUGUGUUUGAUCAAGAGAUCAAAUGAUCUCUUGCUUUGGUUAUUUCUCCCUUUUUAUUUUGAGUAGAUUUUCUUUGUUCGCUUAAGUCAGAACACUUUUUCACGUUUGCUUUGACUAGGAGACAGGAAAGCCGGUAAAGUUUAGAGGAAGGAGUGCAAGUGGGUGGAAUUCUCGACAGGUGUAAGAAAAAGAUGCCCACGAGUGCAAAAAAAGAGAGAAUUCAUAUGAGAGUUUCCUUCCCUCGGCUCUAAGUUUAAGAAUUUCAAAGUAAGCCCCUACCCUUUCUAAUACCUGUUUUGAUGCUUCGUUCGAGCGAGUGUUAAGGUUCAGCAAUUGUUAAUGCUGUCGCAUUAGACUAGUACAGCGGCAUUUAGUUUAAAUUUUGUUUACAGUCUUCGCUCGGACAAGUGACACAUGUUUUCACUGUUCGAGACAAGGUUGUACCUCGGCCAACCUAAACGAAUUUUUAUGUACUCGUCCUAUAUAAACGGAAAGACUAAACGGAAACGGAGGGCGAUGUAACAAGGAACCUAAGGAGUGAUUAAAGGUACAAACAAUUCUACUGA